UAACCGGAUCACACGGAUAGAUCAUCAUGAACAAACUACGGGCCCUACUGCCCGGUCAACAUUCGACCAAUGGAGCAUCUCGACAUUCCGCAACGCUGGAACCCGAGAUCGGUUUCCAGAUCACCAUCGACAAUCCGAAAAACAGUGAUCACAGCAAGGGUUCUACGGCGGUACCAGAGCUCAACGUCCACCUCAUCGCCGCCCGUCAUCUGCCCUCUCUGUUCGGCUUCAAGAUCGUCCAGGGCUAUUUGAUAAAGGUGAAGCUAUUUCCCGGAACGAAACGCUUGGACAGCAGUAUUCAGACAAACACGUGGCCAAAGUUCAAUGAAAAUUUCAAGUUUCCCCUGGUGCCAGAUAUAAAAUCCUCCAUGAAGCAUGUAACGCGACGACCUGCAAAUGGUCAGACAACUAACACAGAUCCGGAGCCAGAAGAGCUCUUCUCCGGACAGUUUGUGGUCUUUACGGUCUACGCUCUAUUGGAACUUCCGGCAACAAACUUCAAUCGCUUUAAUAAGACAUACCGAUCGCUGAAGGACAGGAGUACCAGCUUUGUGCAACGCUUCGUGGAUCCUACAGCGGGGACUCCAAAUGAGGCCAAGAGCGAAGCCGGAGGAAAGCCAAGUGAUCAGGGCAAAGGAAGGAAAAAGUCGGACAGCUCUGCACGGGAUGCAAUGCCACCGCUGACUAUCAGUGAAUCGCGAAGGAAUAUAGGUUCCGUCACCUGCUACCUGCAAUCCAAGCUCUUCCAACGCAACAGCCGAACGGGGUGUUAUUCGACGGAAGAGUUGUGGCUGCCUAUAAAAGAUAUCACCACAACGGUGGCCAAGUCGUCGCCCAGCAACAACAAUCUUGUUAACUCCUCUAAGGGCGUGGUUGAGCUGGCUCUUGAGGUUCGAGAUCUGCUGGAAUGCGUGUCACCUGAGGACACCUCGAUGGCCCCUCCAACGCCCGCCAACACGCCCACUACGCCGACAGCCACUUUUGCCCCUUCAUCCAACAAUUGGCAACGGAUGACCGCCGAGGUGAAGCGGAAGAUGGGCAUCAGCAAUGCCGGAAGCUCCGAUUCCGGGAGAUACCUGCUCCGGGUGACCACCACGCGGAUGCGCUGCUCCAACAAGGUCAAGGACGAACUGGAGGCCACUGCAAGUUCUGGAGUGUAUGUUAAGACCACUGCCUUCGAGCAUGGUAUCUACAUAGAUGCAUGGAAGUCGCCCAUUUUCUUUCCCUCACUCUCCACCAAAUGGGACGAUGGCAGCGGCGAGGGAACAAUAGAUAUUCCCCUCCAGAGACUCGAUCAGCUGGAGGACAUAGUGCUUCGGAUCACAUUGGCCACCAAGAAGAUGGGCAAGAAAGUGGUCCUUGGCACGGUCAUAGUCGGCGGUGAUCAGGCGGGAGAUACGGGCUCUGAGCAGAUGCGCCUUAUCAGGGAAUCCCCGCCAGGUCAACGGGUCGCCGCCUGGCACUGCUACCACUAAAUCGAACUGAAAGCUGUACUCCAAAUAACUUUAGUUAAUUCAUAUCAAAAUUCCUUUGUGCUUCUGCGCGUAGACACAAUGUAUGUAUUUGCUUUUCGAUCGUUAAAAAUAUUAAAUUUAAUUGCGAAUUGUAAAA